AUGGAGGACCCCGCGGCACCCGGGUCCGGGAACCCGCCUGCCAAUGGCUAUGGCAACGGCAACGGCGGCGGCAGAGGGAAGCCGGCGGCGCCUAAAGGCCGGGAAACGUUCAGAAGCCAGCGGCGGGAGUCGGAGGGCUCUGUGGACUGCCCUACCCUGGAAUUUGAGUAUGGAGACACAGAUGGGCACGCAGCAGAGUUGUCAGAAUUGUAUAGCUACACUGAACACCCGGAAUUCACCACUAACAGGAGGUGCUUUGAAGAAGACUUCAAGACCCAAGUACAGGGUAAGGAGUGGCUGGAGUUGGAGGAAGAUGCCCAGAAGGCCUAUGUGAUGGGACUCCUGGAUCGGCUGGAGGUGGUCAAUAGGGAACGGCGACUGAAGGUGGCCCGAGCUGUUCUCUACCUGGCCCAAGGCACUUUUGGGGAAUGUGAUUCAGAAGUCGAUGUACUCCACUGGUCCAGGUACAACUGCUUCCUGCUCUAUCAGAUGGGGACCUUCUCGGCCUUCCUGGAGCUACUCCACAUGGAAAUCGACAACAGCCAGGCCUGUAGCAGUGCUCUUCGGAAACCAGCCAUCUCCAUUGCUGAUAGCACAGAGCUCCGGGUGCUGCUGAGUGUCAUGUACCUAAUGGUGGAAAAUAUCCGCCUGGAGCGAGAGACAGACUCCUACGGGUGGAGGACAGCCCGGGAGACCUUCCACACUGAACUGAGCUUCUCCAUGCAUAAUGAGGAGCCUUUUGCCCUUCUGCUUUUCUCUAUGGUCACCAAGUUCUGCAGCAGCCUGGCUCCCCACUUCCCCAUAAAGAAGGUCCUGCUUCUGCUCUGGAAAGUAGUCAUGUUUACCCUCGGUGGAUUUGAGCAGCUGCAGGCUCUCAAAGUACAGAAGCGGGAAGAAUUGGGCCUGCCUCCACUGGCUGAGGACAGUAUCCAGGUGGUGAAGAGCAUGCGUGCUGCCUCCCCGCCCUCUUACACUCUUGACCUGGGGGAGUCUCAGCUGGCACCACCACCCUCCAAACUGCGAGGCCGCCGUGGUUCUCGAAGGCAACUCCUUACUAAGCAGGACAGCUUGGACAUCUACAACGAAAGAGAUCUCUUUAAGACUGAGGAACCAGCCACAGAGGAGGAAGAGGAGUCUGCUGGCGAUGGAGAGCGUACCUUGGAUGGAGAGUUAGACUUGCUAGAGCAGGACCCUCUAGUACCACCUCCACCCUCACAGGCACCCCUCUCUGCUGAGCGGGUGGCCUUUCCCAAGGGCCUACCGUGGACCCCAAAGGUCAGACAGAAGGACAUUGAACACUUCUUGGAGAUGAGCAGGAACAAGUUCAUCGGAUUCACUCUGGGGCAGGACACAGAUACCUUGGUUGGAUUACCCAGGCCCAUCCAUGAGAGUGUGAAGACCCUCAAGCAGUACAAGUACAUCUCCAUCGCAGAUGUUCAGAUCAAGAAUGAGGAGGAGCUAGAGAAGUGCCCCAUGUCUUUGGGGGAAGAGGUAGUACCAGAGACGCCGUGUGAAAUCCUCUACCAGGGCAUGCUGUACAGCCUCCCCCAGUACAUGAUUGCUCUACUUAAGAUUCUACUGGCUGCAGCCCCUACCUCCAAGGCUAAGACAGACUCUAUCAAUAUCCUGGCAGAUGUCCUGCCUGAGGAGAUGCCCAUCACUGUUCUCCAGAGCAUGAAGUUGGGCAUUGAUGUGAACAGGCACAAGGAGAUCAUUGUAAAGAGUAUCUCUGCCCUGCUCCUGCUACUCCUCAAACACUUCAAACUGAAUCAUAUCUACCAGUUUGAAUAUGUAUCACAACAUUUGGUAUUUGCCAACUGCAUUCCAUUGAUCCUGAAGUUCUUCAAUCAAAAUAUCUUGUCCUACAUCACUGCCAAAAACAGUAUCUCGGUCCUGGAUUACCCAUGCUGUACCAUCCAGGAUUUGCCAGAGCUUACUACGGAGAGUCUGGAAGCUGGAGACAACAACCAGUUCUGCUGGAGGAACCUCUUUUCCUGCAUCAACCUUCUGAGGCUGCUCAAUAAACUGACCAAAUGGAAGCAUUCCAGAACCAUGAUGCUGGUAGUGUUUAAAUCUGCUCCAAUCUUAAAGCGGGCCCUCAAGGUCAAACAGGCCAUGCUGCAACUUUAUGUGCUGAAGCUGCUAAAAAUACAGACCAAGUACCUCGGGCGCCAAUGGAGGAAAAGCAACAUGAAAACCAUGUCAGCCAUUUAUCAGAAAGUACGCCACCGCAUGAAUGAUGACUGGGCUUAUGGGAAUGACAUCGAUGCCAGGCCGUGGGACUUCCAAGCAGAAGAAUGCACCUUGAGGGCCAACAUUGAGGCUUUUAACAGCCGCCGGUAUGACAGACCCCAGGACUCUGAGUUUUCACCUGUGGAUAACUGCCUGCAGAGUGUGCUGGGGCAGAGGUUGGAUCUGCCUGAGGAUUUCCACUACUCAUAUGAGCUCUGGCUGGAGAGAGAGGUUUUUUCACAGCCCAUCUGUUGGGAGGAGCUGCUCCAGAAUCACUGA